AUGACACCUGAGAAGGAGAAACAGAUAGCCUCGAGGAUUCUCGAGAGGGCAGAAUUAGCCCAGAUGACGAGGCAACUACGGCUAAAUCUGGGUAAAGCUAGUGAAAAGAGGAAAGGCGACCCUGAUAUUACAGAGGCAAUCAGAAAAGUUUCUCCCAGAAAGACUCUGGGCGCAACUCCAAGAGGUAACAGUAGCAGUAAUAAACCUAAGGACUCCGGUACGCCACCACCGCCACCACCGCCUUCGAGAGACGCUAAUAUAUUGCGCGCUCCUGCAACGCCAAGAGCCACUAAGGAUGACGACGUUGGUGCAGACCUACUGAUGUAUCUAGCAACGUCACCGUGUGCAUCUACAACUACUACAACUAAUAGAAAGGGACCUUCGACGCCAAAUGGGUUUUCACCGGAUGAAACGACAGUACGUCUAUCGCAUCUGAAAAAUUCCAAUCCAGUAUCAUCGCCGUUCAAGGUUAGCGACUCACCAAUGGUAUAUACUCUAAGAGGUGCACAUCCAUCGACUCCCGGCAGGUCCGAAUUGAGGUUUAAUAUGGGUGAUUACGUUCACAAUUUGUUCAGUCCGUCUCCUGGUUUCAGCAAUGGUAUCCAUACAACACCGCUGUCUAUGGAAAAGCCACAAACCUCGAAUUUACUGGGUAACAGUUCGCCGGGUGGACAUUUGAAACCUAGUAGAUUUGUGAGAAGAGAAGAUACGAGUGGCAAUGCGGUGGACAGCGCCGAUACCUCUGCGAUGGAGCAAAGGAUCGACAACGACGGCGGCACUCAUACUGACGGUUCUAAUGGGACUACAGCUGGUACUGGAAAGAACUUAGCCGCCGAGGGUACCGUCUAG